AUGGCGGCCCAGGCCCCCCGGAGUGUUAAGUUCCAAGAGGACCAGGCAGAGGAGAUUUCUGUGGUGAACACCUUCGUGCAUGUGCCGGACAAGGAAGCGAGGAUGGCCUGGCGACAGAAGACCACCCGCUCAGCCCCCGGCAGCAUGCUCAACAUCGAGGACGAUGACAGCACGGAGGUCUAUCCUGCCGAGCGCGAUGACCGCGAGAUCCCAAAUGAGGAGGAGGAAGAUGAGGAUGACGACACCUUCCCCAUCGCCAUGACUCACGUUAAGACUUACGACUCCUUCGAUGCCUGCUUCGACCUUGAGGAGGAUGUGGAUGAGGAGAGUGGUCUCGACCGGGCUCCCUCAGUUCAGAAGGUGUCGACCUUCGACCCCUUCGAGGUGGACAAGGUGUCGACCAACGAUCCUUUCGAGGCAGACCGAGCAGGAUCGCUUUCUUCUGGCCGCCUGGUGGCCAACUCAGCCCUCCCCGGACAGACAGGGCCAAUGCCUUGCCGUGGCCAGGAGAACCCCAUGCCAGCAAACACGAUGAUGUGCGUGCAGGCCAUACCAGUGCAGCUCGUGCCUGCGGUGAUACCGGCCCCUGCGGCCAUGGGUCAGGGCCUGAUCUCCGUGCCAGCCCCAGCGACGGCUCCCACGCCAAGCUCUCCCAGCACUAGUCCGAGGCAGCCGAUCCUUCUCGGCAGAACAGGUCAGACGGCACUGCCACAGGGGCAGGUGGAGGUCAAGAUGGACGCCGCCGCCUCGCCCCUGCAGUGCGUCACGUUGCCCAAUGGCAAGGAGUUGGUUCGUUGGAGCGUGGACGCCCGGAAGCUGGAGUCGCAGGAGAAGCAGAUCCUCUCUCCGGAGUUCGAGCUGAACCUCGGCCAGCACGGGCUGCAUACUACAGACGGGGCUAAGAAGCCAGAAAACUGA